AUGACCAACCCAACCCGACAACCAUACUCCAACAGCCCCCACCCAUCCACCUUCCUCUGGGCCCACGAGCUCCGACGCGAGAACAUCCAGCUCGUGAACCAAAUCGACGGCCUCAGAGCCGAGCUCGCCGCUACCAACGAUACAAUAGCAAGUCUCACCCGCAGUCUCGAGAAUCUAGAACUACGAGCACGCGAAGAGAAUGCUAGGCUAGAGAAUAGCCUGAAGGGCCUCGAAGCGCGAUUCGACACUAAUCUACAAAGUGGCAUUGAGCGGGUUGAGGAUCUCCAGGCCGAGAAUUGUCAAUUACGGAGUAGAAUUGAUGGGUUAGAGAAGAAGUGUCAGAGAAAUGCUUGUGAACAAAAUAGAAUGGAGGACGGUAUUCGUGUGAGGUUGCUGGAUGAGGUAAGGGAGAUGUUGUUGGAGCGGCGGAAAGAUGGGGUGAAGGUGGUGAUAGGAGGAGAUAGAGAGGUUGGGGAUGCUGGGUCUGAUGUUCUUGUUCCGGAUUCGAUGCCUGUUGGAUCUGUUCCUGCGGGUGGUUUGGAAAUUGGGCUGUCGUCGACGCUUUCUGAUACUACGUGGGGGACGCCUUCUCUGGUGGAUGAGGGGCACACUGGGGCAUCUGGGUCGGAUUUGUAUAGUGUCAUGAAGCAGGGUGGGAGGUCGCUUGCCGAGUACAUGGCCGCUGCUGAGGGGAUCAAACUUAGUUUGCAGACACAACGGGGUGAAGGUGAGGUUGUUAGAGCGGUUGUGCGAGGUCUCGAUGAUGGGAGUAUACAGACCCUGAUCGAGGAAGAGAUGAGCCGCGCUGGGAAAGGGAACCGUCUGUACCGGAGCCAGUCAUGA